AUGGGAGAAGGGGAUGGAAUCUGGGAGAAGGGGAUGGAAUCUGGGAGAAGGGGGUGGAAUCUAGGAGAAGGGGGUGGAAUGUGGGAGAAGGGGAUGGAAUGUGGGAGAAGGGGAUGGAAUCUGGGAGAAGGGGAUGGAAUCUGGGAGAAGGGGAUGGAAUCUGGGAGAAGGGGAUGGAAUCUGGGAGAAGGGGAUAGAAUCUGGGAGAAGGGGAUGGAAUCGGGAAGAAGGGGAUGGAAUCUGGGAGAAUGGGAUGGAAUCUGGGAGAAGGGGAUGGAAUCUGGGAGAAGGGGAUGGAAUCUGGGAGAAGGGGAUGGAAUCUGCGAGAAGGGGAUGGAAUCUGGGAGAAGGGGAUGGAAUCUGGGAGAAGGGGAUGGAAUCAGGGAGAAGGGGAUGGAAUCUGGGAGAAGGGGGUGGAAUCUGGGAGAAGGGGGUGGAAUCUGGGAGAAGGGGGUGGAAUCUGGGAGAAGGGGAUGGAAUCUGGGAGAAGGGGAUGGAAUCUGGGAGAAGGGGAUGGAAUCUGGGAGAAGGGGAUGGAAUCUGGGAGAAGGGGGUGGAAUCUGGGAGAAGGGGAUGGAAUCUAGGAGAAGGGGAUGGAAUAUGGGAGAAGGGAAUGGAAUCUGGGAGAAGGGGAUGGAAUCUGCGAGAAGGGGAUGGAAUCUGGGAGAAGGGGAUGGAAUCUGGGAGAAGGGGAUGGAAUCUGGGAGAAGGGGGUGGAAUCAGGGAGAAGGGGAUGAAAUCUGGGAGAAGGGGAUGGAAUCUGGGAGAAGGGGAUGGAAUAUGGGAGAAGCGGAUGGAAUCUGGGAGAAGGGGGAGAAGGGGGUGGAAUGUGGGAGAAGGGGAUGGAAUGUGGGAGAAGGGGAUGGAAUCUGGGAGAAGGGGAUGGAAUCUGGGAGAAGGGGAUGGAAUCUGGGAGAAGGGGAUGGAAUCUGGGAGAAGGGGAUAGAAUCUGGGAGAAGGGGAUGGAAUCGGGAAGAAGGGGAUGGAAUCUGGGAGAAUGGGAUGGAAUCUGGGAGAAGGGGAUGGAAUCUGGGAGAAGGGGAUGGAAUCUGGGAGAACGGGAUGGAAUCUGCGAGAAGGGGAUGGAAUCUGGGAGAAGGGGAUGGAAUCUGGGAGAAGGGGAUGGAAUCAGGGAGAAGGGGAUGGAAUCUGGGAGAAGGGGGUGGAAUCUGGGAGAAGGGGGUGGAAUCUGGGAGAAGGGGGUGGAAUCUGGGAGAAGGGGAUGGAAUCUGGGAGAAGGGGAUGGAAUUUGGGAGAAGGGGAUGGAAUCUGGGAGAAGGGGAUGGAAUCUGGGAGAAGGGGGUGGAAUCUGGGAGAAGGGGAUGGAAUCUAGGAGAAGGGGAUGGAAUAUGGGAGAAGGGAAUGGAAUCUGGGAGAAGGGGAUGGAAUCUGCGAGAAGGGGAUGGAAUCUGGGAGAAGGGGAUGGAAUCUGGGAGAAGGGGAUGGAAUAUGGGAGAAGCGGAUGGAAUCUGGGAGAAGGGGGUGGAAUCUAGGAGAAGGGGGUGGAAUGUGGGAGAAGGGGAUGGAAUUUGGGAGAAAGGGAUAGAAUCUGGUAGAAGGGGAUGGAAUCUGGGAGAAGGGGAUGGAAUCUAG